AUGCAUUGCUCGCGAUGUUUUGAUAAGUAUCAUUACGGUUGCCUCAAUAUAUCGACUACUAAAUUUGAUAUUUUCUCUAGCGAAUUCAAGGCAAAGUGGAUAUGUCCGUCGUGCCGUUGUAAGGAACCUAAGAGAGAUAACAUUAACACACCGAUCCGUCCUACUUCCACUCUCAGUAAUGCUCAGGUAUAUGAAAACGUUACUCUACGCACUAAGUCGAAGUCCUCCUCUAACUGCUCAUGUAUUUCCGCCGACAGUAUUCGUGAAAUUAUACGAGAUGAAUUACGCUCUGCUCUCAAUAGUCAAUUAUUGGAAAUCAAAAACCAAAUUUCUGUUUUUGAUCAAUCAUUAAGCUUUCUAAGUAAUGAAUAUGAUACAAUAAAAAAGGACAUGGAAACACAGAAAAAAUACUUAGCGGAUCUACACAAAGAAAAUGAAAUGCUUCGCACUUCUACUCGCGAUAUAUCACUACGUCUUCGACAAAUAGACCAGCAGUCCCGUGCCUGUAACAUUGAAAUCCAGUGUGUUCCGGAGCAUCGCAGCGAAAAUAUUGUAAAGCUAGUUCAACAACUGGGUAAAACGAUCAACUGCCCCAUUAAAGAUGAGGAUGUUUAUUACAGCUCACGGUAG